AUGGCUCUUCUUAGGCUCGCUCCUUUCGCUCUCCUUUUCCUUGCUUCUAUGGUAUUCUCCAUGAAGAACAUAGAAGCAGGUUGUUUGGGUUGGUGUAACCCAAAUAAGCCUAAUUCAUGUGGCUCGAGCUGUAAAUGUUAUUUUGCACCUCUACCAAUGGGUGGUGUGUGUGGAAAGAAAUCCCUUAAGAAGACGAUUGAGGAACAUCCCAACAUAUGUGUGUCUGACAAUGAUUGUGUGAAGAAAGGAAGCGGCGACUUCUGUGCUCCUUAUCCUUAUGAAAAUGUGGAUUAUGG